AGUGGACCAAUAGGAGUGAAGUGGAGGAGGCGUGGCAUUCUUUUGGAGGAAAGAGGCAAAACAAUCUUUUAUCCCUCUGACCGGGCGGCUUUUUGGAUAUCCUGGGUUAGUAGUAGUGGUGGAGGUGGCGGCGGUGGUGGAAAAAACUCUACAUGUAGACUAGAUAUAUAAGUUAGGACACAGACAGACACAACUCUGCGACAAUCCUGUUAAAUGUAUCCAGCAAUUUGCACUAAAGUCUAUAGAAAGCUGGGUUUCUUUCUUUAGUCUCGCCUUGUCUGAACUAUAUAUAUAUGGAUUCAAGAUAUAUUGUGGAGAAGUCGUCGGUUGGGACGGUUGGGACGAGGGUCAGCGGUGCGGAUUUUAACUACCGGGCAGGACUCACUGUGCUCCGCGACAGCCGGGUGCCCUCGGUGGAGAGACACGGUCCCAUGCCGGCGUACACAACCGGCGGGCCCGUCCUCUGCACAUUUGUAAUGGACGGCAGCUCAGCGACGGAGGGUAGAAGCGAGAGAAGCUCUUCUAAAGUGAAUGGACGAAUAUUGCACGAUGUUGAGAAAACCAGCCUGGGGGACCAAAGAGACACCGGUUCCACUAGUAUCCUGAAGAGGGCCAGUCCUACCCACUGCCCAGGCACAAACGGGCAGCUGCCAGGCGGCUUCAUGCACUUGGACAUCAGGAACCCAGGGAAACAAGCAGAGCUGGCCAGCAAUGUCAGGGCUGCACAAGGGCGGAGUGUUUCUCUGACGGAGAGACAACCGCUCUCCAACCACAUCCCUGUACCUAGAAACAGGAAGCCCUCAGGUCACGCUGAUAAAGAAGUGAUGGCUGCCACCGUCCUGACCUCACUGUCCACAUCCCCUCUGGUGCUCAACCCUUCCUCUGCACCCACAGCUGUCACAGAGCAAACCAGUAGGGCCUGGAAGGAGGUGCUGUCGACCAGCUACAGCAGUUCAACUAGUGGCAACUGGAGCUGGGAUGCCAGCGACCAGUCAGUGCCCUCCACACCGUCCCCCCCUCUCUCCAACGACACCAACAAGAACUUCCUGCUCUCGUCCCAGGGCGAUGAUGUCAGUGAGGACGUCACAGAGUGCACGCACUUCAUGUUUGAGGACCCCAUACCACGGAAACGAAAGAACUCCAUGAAGGUGAUGUUCAAGUGCUUGUGGAAGAACUGUGAAAAGGUCCUCAGCACCUCCUCAGGGAUCCAGCGACACAUCCGCACCGUCCACCUGGGGCGAAAUAGUGAUUCGGACUACAGCGAUGGAGAAGAAGACUUCUACUACUCAGAGAUCGAGGUCAACAUGGACAGCCUGACGGAGGGCCUGUCCAGCCUCACGCCCACCUCCCCCACCACAGCCGGUCCUCCGCCUGUCUUCCCUCCACCACUCACCGAGCUCCCUCACUCUGAACACAUCAACAUGAAUGGUUCACAGAGCCACGCCCCCACGCUGCUCAGCCAGUCAGCUCCCUCCACGCUCUGCCACAUCCGCACUGACCAUGCCUACCAGGCCACUGCUCCAGUGAGUAUCCCAGUGGGUCCUGAUUUGGCUGAGUUAGGCAGUGUUAAUGGGACCAGGCCUGGAAUUGGGACUGGGAAUGGCAUCAGUGUGUCGUGGCAGUCACCUCCUGUCAUUUUCAAAGGCGCUCCGGGCCCUGUGACUCAUGUGCGGACAGUCUGCAUCGGGGAGAAGAGACAGCCAGCGGCAGGCAUGCACACCACUGUCAACAAGAGCCAUGCGGUAACAACACAGGCCCCUAAAUCCGCACUAGGAACAAGGAAACCCCGUGGGGAGGCGAAGAAGUGCCGAAAGGUGUACGGCAUGGAGAAGAGAGACAUGUGGUGCACAGCCUGUCGCUGGAAAAAAGCCUGUCAGAGAUUCACCGACUAAUCCUAUCCCUUUCCCGCGUCCGCAAAGAUGAGCUCCUCCCGACGGCGAGGUGGACUCUUCCACAGAGGAGAUUUCAUCACCGUGGAGCUCUCACUGCUGCUCCCUAUAGCCCAGCAUGGGUUCCGCCUUCUCUGUUUUCCUUUUCCAAACACAAAGAAAAAAUAAAACUGGUCGGUAAAAAGAAACAAAAAGAAAAUCAGCAAGAAAAAAUGACUUUUACGCAGGUGACUUUUUCUAAGACUGAAAAAAAAAAAGAACAUGGAUACUGAUUUGAUUUUUUGUUUUUCACUUGCCAUUUUUCACGGCCUAAUCUCAAGGCUUUGUCUAAGGACUACAGAUAAGCUUUUUGGUAUACUCUGUUCAUUAUAGGAUCAUCAUGUAAUCUGCUGUUUAUGGGGUGGAUCAUGACUCUUUAGAAGUUCAAGGGUUAACACCAGAUUUGCUCGGUAAGAACUCUGUAGCAUAUCUGUUUUUUGUCACUGUUUAAGGGACUUCAAACUUACCAAAGGCUUCACGCCUGUUCACCUUCAACCAACAGUCAAAACCAUUACAUUAGCAUCACUUUCUUCUGCAGCCUUCCUGGAUACGGACAGUAUGUCUAAGUACACACUGAUCCCUACCUGUUCAAAAAUCAAACUCAACACAGCCAGCUAUACUUCAUGUAACAUUGAAAACAUGCACAAACCCUCAAACCAAGUGGUACAAAAAGCCCCCCCCCCCCCCCCCCCCCCCUUUCCGGCUUUUUAAAAUAUUUUUGAGAGACAAAUACAAUGUACAAGAUAUAUUUCCCUCUCUUCUUCUUCUUACUUGUACCCUAAAGAUAUGCACCUUGAAGAAAUAAGUCAUCUUUUAGAGAAUCACUGUAACCACAGCGUGUGUCUGAGAGAGCGGAGAUGUAUUUCUUACAUAGACUUUAUUUUCAGCAGUGACAUGCUGAAGCAACUAGCAGUUGCACUGUGCAAUCAGCAGAAUUACAGAAUUUAAUAUUGUUUUUCUUGCUUUGUGGUUGUCAUUGUUAUUUAGGUGAGUCCCGGCUCUGUUUUUCUCCCUUGACAGCUGAUGUGUUCAAAGAGAUUGUUUACCCCAAUGAAUGAUACAGCCCUUUGAAACUUUAACACACAGUCCGAUUAACAACUUCUGUGAGAUUUUAACUCACCAAUCAGUACCUGAUCAUAAGUCAGGCAUUUUGAUUCAUUUCUUGCAGCUGAAAACGGAGAGGUUACUCAAUCACAAACCAGCAUUACGACAUUUAAGAUACCAGAUCUCACUUCACAGGAACCAAAACGUCUUUAAUGUAUUUUAUAAAGGAGGUUGUGUCAAGUCCAGAAGAAUUAUUAACGCUCGGUCUGACCUUUAGAGUGAUUGUGAGAAUCUAAAAAAAGUCUGUGAAGUUAAAAAUGUUUUACCAAAGUGGAGUUUAGACUUUAGAGGUCUGUUUUAUCAAAUGACAGGCCAUCUGUUCAAUUCUUUAGAUGAGAUAUAGGUAGUAGAAUUUUAGAUACUUCGAAAUUGUAUGUUUUACUACGUCCCCUUUUAGUAUGUUUCUUCUAGAAAUCAUAAUAUUGGCAUAUGAAAAACAGAGAAAAUAGCACCCAACCUUUUUUAAAAUUUGUAUAAGAUGACAAUGCAAACAGAUUGUUUCCAAGCAUUUAAAGGAAGAUUUACUUUUAGAAGCUUUAGGUGUUUUUUUUUUUAAAUACGUCUGUUAGGUUUUAUUUUAAAGUAACAGCCUUAAACUCGAAAACUUGAUUACAUGAUCUUAAUUGCGAUCAUAACACAAAAUUACAAAUCAGUAGUCCCAAAAUAGAACUACUCCAGGCAGCUCCUGUACUUUGAUACCCCAAGAAGAGUUUUUGUGAAUUUCCUCCGAGUCCACUCAGUUGUAACAUUUGGAUAAACAUAAUGUAUCUGAAGAAAUAAGCUAUCUUUUCUGGGUUAUAUCCUGCUUCCCAGUCACUCUAGAAAAGUCAAUUUAUUUGAACACGUCGCCCGAAAUCCCCAAAUUCGCUGCAGUGACACCUGCCACACUAAGACCCUUUAUGUGAACAAGAAGAAAGUCCCCACAUCAAAAAGAAACUGAACAGGUGUUUCUCUGCUCUGCUCUGCGAGUCAUGACAGUAGAUGUAUAUUUUUUGACGAGUCUCAUCCCUGUGCAGUUUGUUUAGAGCUUCGGGAUGUAGGUUCUACUGUGUGUCCUCUGCUUUCUUUAGCUCUCCUGACACUGACCUGACACAUGUGACCACACACACACACACACCCACACACACACACACACACACACAGUGCCUUUUCCCUCCUAUAUAAGCAGACUGACUCUUUAACUGAGGUACAGUGCGCUCUCAGACCUCUGUCACCAUAGAAACACCUGUGCUGUCCUUCGUCGCCACAGGGUCACUUAUGCUGUCUGCUGGCGGCAGAUAUCACUUUUCCACAUGCCUGAGUAUUAAUUGGUGGCUUAAAGUCAAUUGUUUUAAAAUGUAAAGCACAUGUUACCAGUACAAAUAUCUCAUUCAGCUUUGUUAAAAAUACAUUUAUGAAUGAUCCUGCCUGUAAGUGGUUUACCCCAGCAGCAUCCCAGAUAAGCUAGGUCCCUCUCUCUUGUGUGAGAGGACUUCUCCGGUCAGAGACUUCACAAAGUGCCAAUGAAAUGAACAGAAAAAGGAAAAGGUGUACUGACCUAAACAAAAUUUGCACUACGUUGCACUGCACAAAGAUGUGUUUUAUACAUGGACGUUUUAUAUACACAAAUUUUGAAGUGAGCGGAAAUUUCUGUUAUUUUCAAGGGGUGUCGUCACUGCCUGAUUGGAAUAAAUGGGGUGUCAGGGAUAGAGGUUUUGUACCUCCGGGGGUCCCCCCAUCGUUAGCAAGUGAUCUCGACAGCUCAUGACAGCUUGCUUUCUGUUUCAGAUGUAUUGUACUUAAUGUUGUGGUGCCAGCUGUUUCCCAGGUGUGGUACUGAGAAGUAGUGUGGUACUAAGAUAGUCGGACACAGCACUUACCUUCUGUCAGUGAUGGGGAAAACACCAGCCUCAGUUAGUAGAGAUGACUGUAUAUAAAGAUGGACGACGCGUCUCCAACCUCCCCUCGCUGUACAAAAGUGAAGCCAAAAUACUGUGACAUGAGCUGACAGGUGAUGCUGAUGAGACAUGAGACAGUCUGUGUCUUUGUUCUUCCUCUUGUUAGCUUAUCUGUUACACAAAGCCAGAGCAAAAGGGUGUCAGUCAUGUCGGUAUACCCUGUUGAAUAGCAUAGCAUUGAAUGACUAAUCAAAACUAAACUCCUCAGAUAAAUUAUUUUUUAAAGUUAGGUUUUUUGGCCUUUUUGCCUUUAUUUGAUGGGACAGCUGAAGAGAGACAGGAAAUGUGGGGAGUAGAGAGCGGGGAAAGACAUGCAGGAGAUGGUCGACCGGCCGGGAAUCAAACCGGCGACCCCUGCGACGAGGACUAUAGCCUCUGUACAUGGGGCGCUUAAACCACUAGGCCACCAGCGCCCCUCCUCAGAUAAACUUGAUCAUAAAACAUCAUGAUAAGAAUUGAAUAAAAUUACUGAAACCAGGUUUGAGUAAGAUUUAUUUGACAUGUGUCUCCCACACGCUCACAUGGAGGGGGCUGUUUUUAUUAUGUAUGCAGCCAUCCAAAUGUUUUGGCUUCACUUUUAGGGAGCUGUCAUUUCAUCCAUCUUUUUAUAGUCAUUGGUUACUGGCUACACAUUAUCGUAACGGAUGCUUUUACACUGUUUUAUUAUCUGAAGUUUUCACAGUACUCACUUUUUACCCAUAAAUCAAUCUCUUCUUUGUGCUUUAUCCACUUAAACACAAACAGGUUCCUGCUUAUCAACAUUUUACUGAGCUGAUGUAGUAACUGUGUAGAUACUUGUUAUUAGUGCUGGAUACCACUUUGCAUUUUUGUUAUAUCUAAUUUGGUCGUUUUAAAAGUGUUGCACGCAGCCUAUCGAAUCUCUCUCCAUCUUCAGCGUUUAAGCACUUUUAGAUUCCACCAGCAGGGUCAGAGGCAAACGCUACUUACUCUGCGUUUGCCGACUGCUUUUCCACCUUUUUUUCAAGUUGCACUAAAACUGGCCCAGUGACUAUCAAGACCCAAGCUGCACCAUCAGAAGCUUGACUCAAUAAGUGCAGCUGUGAUGUCAUUACGGCCAGGAAGAACUGAGGGUACAGAGCUGCUCCUGUGCACAGAUUUUUAGAUACGAGAUCUUAAUUGGUGGAUUUCUAAAAAAAAAGUAGAUCAACUUUUACCUUGAAGAUGGGAGAUGGAGAUUGAAGCUGAGUGUGGAUGGAUGGCUGUGCAGGGAAAUCUGUGGAGGUUUAUUACAGUCGAUGGGAAGCAGACACAUGACGCGCAGUGACGAUGUAGAUGGAUUUGCAGUUUCAGGGCUUUCUUGUACAUAUGCAACAUAAAGAGAACCGUGAGGCUUUUUUUUUCUCAUAUAUUGUUGUUUUUCUUUGUUGUAUCUUGUUAUAUGAUUUUUUUUUACAUAAUAGUUGCUUGGAGUAUUUUCUUUCUUUAAAAAAAAAAGUCAAUUGAGAAGCUAUAGUGAUCAUAACACGUAAAUAUUCAGUGUACAUUGUAGCUUAGAGGCAAAGGGGAGAAAACAAAAACCUGUUGAAUGUAAAACCCACAGAAAGAAACAUCUUUUUGUUGUUGUUGUUGUUGUUGAUGUUUUGUUUGCCGGCUAGUUUGUACCGCGUGUGGUGAAUCUGUAAUGAUUUCGAUAUCCAAAUCUUUUUUAACACCCACAGACAGCUGUCGCCACACUGCUAAGUUAUAUCAAAUAACACAACCAUGCAGUAUUGCUUUACUAUCUUAUACUCUGUGCAAUGAGAUGCUUUAUAAUGGAACACAACUAACUUGAGCUUUUUGGUGACACCCGGGCUUCUCGCUCACACUCUUUAUGUUUGUCCUUCUCCCUGCCAAAUAGUCAUAUUUGUCUCACCAUGUUUGGUUGUCGUUUGUGGUUGUGACGUUUAGUUGUUGUUAGGCAGGAUAACCUUUGACCUUCUCGGUCAUGAUGAAAUAUUAACCUUGUGGGAAUCUUUUAUCCUGCCCCACACAUUCCAACAGACAGCACGCUUUUUUUUUAGUGUCCUUCACUUGUUUCCUAAUAGAUAUGUCCUUCCUGUUUCUCUCUGCAGUGAUCCUUCUCGGAUCACUUUGUCCCUUCUCCUCUUCUCGUGCUCUUCAGCUUUACUGUGGUCCCACCCAAGCCUUUACCCAGUAUAUUAAGCUAAAGUAAACCCUUGAAAUGUGCAUCAAAAAAAGCCUUCAUAUAUAUAUUUUUUUUUCCACAUGUCAAAAUGUAUGUGCUGCUUUCUUGAAUGUCAGUUUUCAUUUGUGUGUAAACCAGCAGCAGCAAAGCCAAUAGAUCUCCUUCCAAAUCAAAUGUAAUGUAAUGCAUUGCAAAGGCAGCUCCACUCAGUCCUCCGCUUCUUCUUCUUCUUCCCUUCUGUGCUUUAUUGUUUGUCCCGGCUUUUACCUUCUGUCUGUCACAUCUCUUAUUUGGUGACCUUUUAUUUCUCCUUGAUCUGUUUUUACUGAGCCAUACCCUGGCUGCUGUGAAAACUGACUUUUGCUUGUUUUUUCUCAUUGAUUGAUUGAUUGAUUGUCUGGUAUUGUUUGAGGUUGUUUUGCAUGUCUAGCAUCGCUCAUUUUUCCCUCCCCUUGUUCCUAUUUUUUUUUUGUUAUAGGAGAUAAAACACUGAAGGGUUUAAUGUGUUAGAUUUCCCCUUUCAGAAUCUGAUAACCCAAGGCUGAUGUUUGUUGUCCUCUAAAAAGUUAAAGAAUACGCUUGUCACAGCCUCUCUCUCUCUCACACACACACACACACACACACACACACACACUCACACACACACACACACACACACACACAUACACACACACACACACACACAGAAAGAGAAUCAGACACACACAGCCAGACAGAGUAGAAUGCGCUUUGAAGGAAACAUGACGUCAGCCUUGGGUCUUCACUGGAGGGCAAGAUUUCUCCUGUGUGUGGGCUCUGCCUCUGCUCUUCAUCAGCAGUCCCACGCACAGAGAGGAAGCACUUUGCGAGGAGUGGUGCACUCAAGGAGUAUUUGUGUGAAUGUCAAGCCUAUAACUAGUGCUCGAAAAAAGAUGGAUGACCAUGUAUGAUGCUGAUAAUGUGAUCUAUGUGAUGUAAUGUGAUGGAAAGAAAAUAAACCUGAAUGGAAGAAGA